AUUAUUGUGUACGGUUUAGUACGGUGUAUUACGUAGUUUAGAGAUCCUUUUCCGCUUCCUGUUUAAAACAAAAUGGCGUCCAAAGGCCGCACGUUUGACUCGCCGGUGAAAUAUGUCCAGAUUGACGGACUAGUUGUUCUAAAGAUAGUAAAACACUGUCAGGAGGAGGGUACAGCAGGUCAGGAUCUUGUGCAGGGCGUGUUAUUGGGGCUUGUUGUUGAUAACAAAUUAGAGAUCACAAAUUGUUUCCCUUUUCCUAGACACAAUGAUGAUGAGGAUUUCGAUGAAGUUCAAUACCAGAUGGAAAUGAUGAGAAAUCUGCGUAAAGUCAACAUUGAUCAUCUUCAUGUGGGCUGGUAUCAAAGCACAUACUUUGGUGGCUUUAUUAACAGGGCCCUGCUUGAUUCACAGUUCAACUAUCAACACUCUAUAGAAGAAUCUGUUGUCCUCAUUUAUGAUCCUUUGAAAACAACUCAAGGAUAUUUGUCACUGAAGGCAUAUAGACUAACACCUGAAUUGAUGAAGUUUUAUGGAUCAAGGGAACAGGACUUCUCUCCAGAGAGUAUCAAAGCUGCUGGUAUCACAUUUGAGAACAUGUUCACAGAAAUCCCAGUUACGAUCAAGAACUCUCAUCUUGUGAAUAGUCUUUUGUGUGAACUUGAUACAGAUCUCUCUGACAAACAGUCAUUCGAUUACCUUGACCUUGGUACUAGUUCAAUGUUAGAGAAGAAUCUUCGUUUACUGAUGGAGAGUGUAGAUGAGAUUGCCAUGGAUGCUAACAAGUUUGUCAACUAUCAGCGACAGUACCAGAAACAGAACCUUGCCAAACAACAGUAUCAACAGAAAAGGCAACAAGAGAAUACGCAGCGUGUACAGCGUGGAGACAAACCUCUUCCUGAUGAGGACAUCAAUAAAAUCUUCAAGCCUCUACCUACCCCACAGAGGUUAGACAGCCUUCUUAUUACAGGCCAGAUUGACAAUUACUGUCAACAAAUUGGAGAAUUCGCAUCUCAGAGCUUUGGAAAACUGUUCUUGGCGGAAAGUUUACAAGAGAAUCCGCCCAAUCCAACAGCUACUUGAUUAGAAUAUGAUUUUAGUUAACAUUUAGACGCCUAACUUUAGUUUUUAUCUAAAAGUUAAAUCAAAUCAUGGGAUGUCAAAUUAUGAAGUGCGGCUACAAAAGUAAAAAGAAAAAUAAAUGGAAAAAUUACAAUUGUAAA